UCCAUGCCCUCGGACGUCCGCCACCUGAGCGUAUGAUGCCUAGACCCAUGGCGCCUGCCGGAUAACCCACAGUUUUCCCGUGACUUGUCCAUCUCGCCUCCUUCACCGUUUCGUUUCUUCCACACAACGUCCACCUGCGUUUUGACCCUGUCGUUUCUCGUCAUUCCUUUUGAUUCUGAACGACCAACUUUCAGGAUGCUCACAUUAUUGUUAAUCCUCAUCAUCAUCAGCGCGACUCUCCUGGCAGUACAGCGAUAUCUUGAGCAGCGGAGGUUGCCACCGGGUGUGCGGCCGCUGCCAGGGCCUUGGGGCCUUCCCUACAUCGGUCGCGUCCACGACGUCCCGGCCAAGGCGCCGUGGCUCAAAUUCUACGAAUGGGGCAAGAAGUAUGGGCCCAUCUACCAGUCGAAGAUCUUCGGCUCGGUGCACGUCUGGAUCUCGUCGGAGAAGGUUGCCCACGACCUUCUCUCCAAGCGAGCGGCGAUCUACUCGGACCGGCCUUUGAUACCGGGCCUGCCUGACAACCGCACCAGCGGUGACUACCUCGCCCUCCUGGGACGGACCGACACAUGGAAGCGUCAGCGGAAACUCUGUAACCAUCUGAUGCACGUCAGCGCCCUCGAUUCUCUCCACUCGUACCCGACCCGCGAGCGUGACCGCUUUCUGUACCUGAUGUACCACGACGCAAGCCAGUACCUCGAAUGGAUUGAGCAGUUCACCAGCCGGACCAUCUCGCGCCUCUCGUGGGGCACGCCGCGCCCCAGCCAGAUCCUGCGCCACACCACGUUCGGCCUGCUCGAGACGAUCAGCCCGUCAGGCGCGCUGCCCAACCUGAUCGGCUUCCUCCGCCAUGUCCCCGCGGCGCUCAGCCCGUGGAAGAAGAAGGAAGCGCGGCGGCACGAGCUCGAGGACCGGGCGUUCCGCGCCAACGUCGGCUUUGCCGCAGAGAGCAUUCGCGAGGGCUGGCCGCUGCCGAGCUUCAUCCGGACCUUCCUCGAGAGCAAGCAGAGCCCGGACGAGCGGGAGCGGACGAAGUGGGGGGAGCAGGACGAGGCCAUGCACGUGGUCGGCCUCAUGGCCAUCGCCGGGGCCCUCACCAUCGGCAGCCCGAUCCAGAGCUACCUGCUGGCUAUGUGCCACUACCCGAAGUGGCAGCGCAAGCUGCAAGACGAGAUCGACCGCGUGCUGCAGGGCAGGUGUCCGCAGUGGGAGGACCGCGAGAACCUGCCGUUGUUGAGGGCCGUGGUCAAGGAGGUGAUCCGGUGGCGGCCGCCUGUGCCGACGGGGAUCCCCCAUGCCGUCGAAACGGACGACGUCUACGACGGAUACUUUGUCCCAGCCGGUGCCACGAUCCACGCGCUGGAGUGGGCCAUCACGCGCGACGAGUCAACCUACCCGCAACCGGACGAGUUCAACCCGGACCGCUGGCUCAACCCAGACUACCCGACCUACCGCGAGCCGCUGACGCACUAUCCUAACCUGGCGGGCUUCUCGCAGUUCGGCUUCGGCCGCCGGACCUGCCAGGGCGUGCCCGUCGUGGAGCAAGACCUGUUCCUGACCAUGGGCGGGCUGGCGUGGGCGUUCGACAUCCGCAAGCAGAUCGACCCGGAGACCAACAAGGAGAAGCCCGUCCACUGGCUCGACUACACGCCGCUGCUGAUCGCCAAGCCCGUGCAGUUCCCGUUCGACGCGGUGCCGCGGUCCGAGGAGAAGGUGCAGCGCAUGCGCGCCAUGUUCGAGGCCGCUCGCGACCCGUGGCUCCCCACCGGUGAUGGCAUCCGGCCCCUGGACAUCAGCCAGUUCGAGCCGGACCUGGGGCGGCGCAUCUACGGCGAUUACGACACGGAUGUGCGGUGCGCCGGGGGGAGCGAUGGGCAGUUGUCGCCUGCUUUGGAGCCGUCCGCCCCUGCCGUCGACCAAAACCAGUCGGCGGCGUGCUCCCACCGGAGGACCUGGUCCACCGACGAUCAUUGAGAGGAGGAUUGGCACUUGGUGGAAUUGGAGGCCCCGGACGGGACUUCUGAUCGGGAUCGCCGAUGACUGCGCCAGGCCUGUGAUCAGUUUCGACGCUGAGGGGUUUCUUUUUGCUGGACGGAUUGGAUUUUGAUGCGGUUGACAGUGUUGAAUGGUAUCAGCUUGGUAGGCAUA